AUGACAGCAAGCAAGCGCCAGGCGCCUCCCCCAGCUUCUAUCGGGCGGAAAUGGGGGAUCAGGGCGAUUGUGGUGGUGGUUCUGGGCGUUCUGUACACCUUGGCCAACUCAAUCAACGACAAAUUCUACCUCCUCACUCCCCCCUCACUCCACUCCGCCGUCCUCCGCACCCUCGCCGACCUCGAGUCGGCCAACAUUCACUCUGCCUCCAACCCCAACGCAACCGCCGUGGUCGAGACGCUGCUCAACACGCUCAAGCGCGAGAACCCGGGCGUGCGCCUCAACACGGACUUUACAAACAAGAAUGAAUGGUUGUUCAACAAUGCGGGCGGAGCCAUGGGGAGCAUGUAUGUCGUGCACGCUAGUAUCACCGAGUAUCUCCUCAUCUUCGGCUCGGCGGUCGGUAUCGAGGGCCACACCGGCCGUCACACCGCAGACGACUACUUUCACAUCCUUACUGGCCAGCAGACGGCAUAUGAGGCUGGCGCCCUCACGCGCGAGGUCUACCUCCCGGGAGACUGCCACCACCUCGUCCGCGGCGUGGUGAAGCAGUACGUGAUGGAGCCCGAGUCAUGGGCUUUGGAGUACGCACGAGGCUGGAUCCCCCUCAUGCUCCCAUUCGGAUUCGCCGACACGUUCUUCUCCACGCUCGACUUUAUCACGCUCUACCACACCAUCCGGAUCACGGGUCGCGAGAUGAUCUUAAACCUGCUCAAUGGCAAGAUCUGA